UCAUUAUCUCUAAUAUGUUGAUUGCUUGUGCAGAUUUAGCAACAGCAUGAUUGGGCGAUCAGGUUCUUGGAUAUGGCAUUAUAAGUGUCAUGGAUAGGUUUCAUGCUUGCUAAGUGUAGUGGCUAUGUGCUAUUGAACUUCUUUUAUCAAUCCCAAAAGCAUUACGUUUGUGUAUACAUUCCCCUUUACAACCUUCUGUGCAAGCAGAUUUUUCAUCUUCUUCACUUCUAUUCUUCAUGCUCAUGUGAUUUACCUUUUGAGUACUACAGAUUUGUUGAAAGCAUGAAUGAUUAUGAAGGUGAAAAUAGGUAGAGCAUUAUUCUCUGUUGUUGACCUUUUUGGAAAAGAUUGGAUUUAGGUUGGAUGCGCCCUAGGAAUCAAUUAAUCUACCCAAGUUGGAUGAGAUUUUUGAUUAUCAAGGAAAUUUAGGUAUGUUUCUGAGAAGACUACUCCCGGAGCCAAAGGGAGCUCAGUGAUGAACUAUAACAGAUAGUGUCCAAUCACUUCCAGACUUAUCCAAUCACCAAAACUACUUCCUACUAGGUCGGUGAAGCAUUUGAAAUCAUGUCCUGACUGUGACAUGACAAUUGAAGAUCUUUUUAAAGGUGGAAAUGAGAGAAAUAAUUCCCAGAUAUCUAAUUACAUUUUUUGUUGUUUCCUAGAUGGUGGUUCCUGUGGAAAUUUACUAGUAGGUGCAAGAGUUUAAGUUGUUGAAUUGCUUCCCUGAAAGAGUUUAGUUCUUAUGAUGAAUCUGGAAGAAUGACGAUGCACUGAAUUGGAGAAGUUAUGGAAAAUGAAUGUGAAACUUUAAAUAGAUAUGUUUAGUUGCUCUGACCCGUUUCUGAAACGGGAGAUUAUUCUUGCUUCCAAAUGAGAGAAUGUUUUGAUGUCUGCAGAAGUAACCAUAUCCAAGAUAAUUGCCCUUGUAAAGGCUAUCUGCUAAGAAUGUAUGGUUCAAAUUAACAUUUUAAUUACUGCUAAGAAUUAGGCAUUAAACAAAAGAAGCCAUGUAGUAGGCUAAUGAUAGAAAUUCUGUUAUUACCGUUCCUUGUAAAUUAAUGCCAAAUAUACUGUCUUGGUCAUGAUAUUUGCCUUAGCUCUUUUUACCCCUUUUUUCUCAGUAUUACAAUCCCCACCAAUUUUCUCCUUCAACAAGUGUGUUCUGUGCACCCCAUGCUUGAUUCAUAAUUGCACAUAGACAUGAUACACCUGAAACUUUGUACAUGCCUAUGCUUGUUUGAAGAGCAGUGUCUGCAGGGUAGACGAUCAAGGUCAGAGCAUGAGGACAUGCUUUUCUCAGCUUGUAUUUCCAAGUAUAUAUAAGUAGAAUUUUUAUCCCCAAGGUUUCGACUUUGAAUCUGGUGUUUAGAGCUUGCUCUCUUUUCCACACACAACAUUCAAACUUCUAUAUCUGAUUUGCAUACUGUCUAUAUUUGCUUCUUCCUAGUAUUUUCACCCAAAAAAAAUGAUUGGGAUUUACGUUUUACAGUAAUUUGAAGCAUUAACAGACUGCAAUUCAUUCUAAGAAAUCCAAAUAUGUCAAGUUUUUAAACUACUCUGUGAAUGAAUGAAACUCUGACGUCACUUGACAACUUGCAGAAACAGACAAUGAAGAGGGUCCACUAUGUUAAUCGGAUUGAGAACCGACAGCCGUUUCAGUUAUGCAGCAGCCACUGAAAAAUGGACAACCCAGAAAGAAUCAAAAUGGGACAGCUAUGUCUUUAUCUUGCAUGUUUAUAUGGGUCAAACUGUGCUGAACUAUCAUGAUCUGGUUGAACUGAGUAUUAAGUUAAAAGGGAGCGCAGCGAGCAUCAGAGCUUGUCGUAUGGCAGAUGCUUGUGAUGCAGUUCAACGAGCUGCUGAGAGGAGAGAAGACAAAGAAAGCAUUGUCACCGCAUUGAACGCUGCAAAACAAGUAUUCAUUGGUGUGCAAGAGAAACUCGGUCAGCUGGAAAGGAGGAUUAUCUCUCGUGAAACAGCUGGUCCAUAAAAGUGCCAUGGACAGCAUAUCCAGGUGACAAACCGAUAGUUGCAGCAACUCAUCGGUUUCCAUGUCGACCUUAGUCUGUUUGAACCGAAAAUCGGGUUUCAUUUAUCAGUUUGUGGUGUGUCUUUGGUUUCCUUGUCCGACCGUUGUUUGUUGUGGACC